UGUCUCCACCUCUAAGUACAACUACUCACUCCAAGCUCCGUUUUCAGGGCGAGAAGGCGGCCGAAAUGGUUGCUUCUUCUUGAAAGCUAGUCGAGAAGGCGACCGAAAUGGUUGCUUCUCCUUGAAAGCUAGUCCGAGAUUAAUUAAAUGGAGUUGUGGAAAAGCUUCUUCAUUAACCAUUAGAGCUUCCAAUUCUGAUGUAACAAGAAAGGGACAACAAGUCACCUGUAAUGGAACGGCAACAGAAGCGCAUCAACUCCUUCCACAAAAGAAAGGCAAAGCAUCUCCUGCGAAGGCCCAUACACAGGUGGAAUUGGAAGAUGAAAAAAGAAUAGAAAGUCUAAUAGAAGAAAUAAAAGGCAUCUUCCAGUCCAUGAACGAUGGAGAGACAAGUCCUUCAGCUUAUGAUACGGCAUGGGUCGCUAGAAUUCAAGCCACUAAUGGAACGCACCAACCCCAUUUUCCACAAACCCUAGAAUGGAUUCUUGAGAACCAACUGGAGGAUGGUUCUUGGGGUGAACCCACCUUCUUUCUCCUCUAUGAUAGACUUGUCUGCACACUUGCUUGUGUCCUUACCCUUACAAUAUGGAACAGUGCAGGGCCUCAACUUUCAAAAGGGCUUGAUUUCCUAAGAAGGAGAACCAAAGAUAUGGAGCACGAACCUACAGGCCUAAGAACAUGUGGGUUCGAGAUAGCCUUUCAAGCCAUGCUUGACGAAGCAAGAGAUCUCGGCCUUGAUCUCCCUUAUGACCUACCCUUCCUAAAGGAAAUCUCUCAGUUGAGAGAGAAGAAAAUCAAGAGGAUCCCCAUUGAAGUAAUGCAUUCAGUUCAAACCACUCUUCUCUAUUCUUUGGAAGCUUUGCAAGACGUGGUGCAAUGGGAGAAUAUCUUAAAGUUGCAAUCUAGGGAUGGGAGCUUCUUGAGCUCCCCUUCAGCUACUGCUGUUGUUUAUAUGAAGACAGGGAACAAGAAAUGUUUGGACUUCUUGACUUUCAUAGUGAGGAGGUUUGGUGACCAUGCACCAGCCCAGUAUCCCAUUGACCUGCUUGAAAGGAUAUGGGCCAUUGAUACGAUCCAAAGGCUAGGGAUUGAUCAUCACUUCCGCAAAGAAAUCUCAGCUACCCUUGAUUAUGUCUAUAAGAACUCUGGUAAGGAAGGAGUGUCCUGGGGAAGGGAUAACCCUAUUCCUGACAUCGAUGACACAUGCAUGGCCUUCCGCCUUCUUCGGAUGCACGGAUAUCCCAUCUCUCCUGAUGUGUUGGAGCAUUUCAAGGAUGAUGAUGGAAGGUUCAUUUGCUUCCGUGGGGAGACACACACAGGAAUCUCAGACAUGUUUAACCUCUACAGAUUCUCUCAGAUGUCAUUUCCAAGAGAGCAAAUACUCAAGGAAGCUAAGGCUUUCUCUAAGAAUCAUCUUAAAGGUUGCUUGGAAAAUAAUAAAGUGGAGGACAAAUGGUCUUUAAAGAAGGCCCUUUUGAAAGAGGUUGAGUGUGCCCUCACAUGCCCAUGGAGCAUGAGCCUUCCUAGAGUUGAGGCUAGAACUUAUAUUCUCCACCAUUAUGGAGAGUCCGAUGUUUGGAUCGCCAAGGAUAUCUACAAGAUGCCUUAUGUCAAUAACAAGAGUUAUUUAGAAUUGGCGAAGCUGGAUUUCAAUUGGCUGCAAAAUGUGUAUUGUGGAGAGCUUGAUAGCGUUUUGAGGUGGUGGAAGGAUCUUGGCAUUAAUUUUCCAGUUUUUAAUCUACGGCAACCGAAGGAGAUUUACUUUUCAAUUGCUGCCACACUAUUCGAACAAGAGUACUCUAAAUGCCGCUUAGCCUGUACCAAAUGUAAUUACAUUGAGGAUUCCCUUGAAGAGCUCUUCAAGAGCCAUGGAUCCAUUGAAGAUUUGAACCUAAUCUGCCAAGGAGUUGAAAGGUAUGAGUUUAAGAGAGGAAUGGAAAUCCCAAAAUAG